AUGGGACGUGAUCAGGAAAUCAUCUCGCUGUCCUCCUUUGGGAGAGACCUAGUUGCCAGCGGUCGAAUGGAAUUUCUCAACGGGCCAAAAUUCUUCACCAAAGAAACCAAAGCCACCCGUCGCAAAGACCUCACCGUUGCCCCCAAUGAGUCUCCAAGACCAGUUGCCACUUCAAAAUGGACAAGUUGGUCGGCCUUAGCACUUGCGACAACGACAACUGAUCUAGAAGGUCCCGAACAACUCAUAGUCGGUGGUGGCGCGGUGACCAAUGUGUCCCUUGUUAUGGGAAGCCAGGAUGGACUCUACUUCAGUGAUUUGAAAGUCAUGCCGGUCCCCGUAGAGGGCGCCACGAGCAGCGGGGGAUCGCUACUUGUAGCGCCGGUCGCUGAACAGGGACGCGCUCAGCCGAUGUUCCUGUUGCCCACAGACGGCGAUUCCGACAUCUCUUUCACCAAGCAUAAUCCGUCCGUCUCAUUUACAGACCUUAGUAAAGAGCUCAAGGAGUCCGAAGGGGAAAUUGGUGUCGCAGCCAUUGAUUCGUAUGUGCUUAGUGGUGAUAUCAAGAAUUUUUUUGGAAUUCAGGGUCUCACGGGAAAACUGUACGCCUUCAAGAGUGACGAGGAUAAGAAGUCAAAGAAUGGCGGUCAGGAAAAGGGAAACAAGAAGGCUGGGAAAGAUGCGACCAAAGGAAAGAAAGACCCCCAACAGACGACCGAUAAUCUUGCCAAACAGCGCGAGGAAAUGAAUCUCAAAGCAAAAGACCCCAAAGAAGGAAAGACAGGGGGCAAGUCCGAAAAAGACAAAGAAGACAAAGACGACAAAGAAAAGCCUGUUGAUGAAAAAGUCUUGCUCAAAGACAUGGAGUCUCCCUUGGGCAUUAUUUUCCCUGAGAUUGAAAACAAGACCAUUCGGAAACUCCCUCUCAAGAACCUUGAGUUUGUCUUCAGCAACACAGAAAAAGAAAGCCUCUUUCCCGCUGGACUCCGUCUUCAAGGUGAUCUGGAGUUGAAAGAUGAUUUGGAAUUCAUCUCACAUCGCUUGAAGGAUUUGUUUGGCAGUGACAAGUCGACUACCUUGCCCAAGAAAAUAAGAGUUACGGCCCUUAUAGCGAAGGAAAGGGACUGGAGCAAAAAGCCUAAGAUUGAAGGUAUUGUGCUGCAAGCUGCUCUCGAUGAUAUGAAAUUACCCGCCUGGGACUUCUUGGAAUUCCAGACAGUUGGGAUAGAGUUGUCUGCGAGGAAGGAAGCUAUCAAGAAAGAUGAGGUUGAGAAGAAGAAAGAUUACAAGACAGGAAGUUCGAAGAAGGAGACGGAGGAGACCGAACCUAAAUUGGAAGCUGUGAAAGAUGUCGUCGAGGAUGAUGCAUCUCAUACUGGGUCCAAGGUCAAAGUUGAGGAGGUUGCAGCAGAGGCUACAGAUGUUGAGCCUACGAAAGAGAAGGUAUUACAUUAUGAGAAAGCCAUGCGUUCCGAGCCACUCGAUCUGAUGCCUAGAUAUCGAACAGGUUCCUUCCGAUGCUACCCAUCCGAAAGCAGAUAA